AGCCAUAAAUUUGUUCAUGAUUACAGACAGGAGAAAUUAUGACGCAGAAAUGGACGAUCUAGAAUUGAAUCCAAGAAUUUUAGCAGCUUGUAAAAAAGUCAACUUUGCAUCCUUCUCUACCAUUCUGAGCUUGUCUUCAGCUGACCUGGGACGACGUACGAAGCUGCCUGCUAACGACGUCAGAACACUGCUGCACACUGUCUCUGAGAAAGUCUACACCAACCCAUCUGCCACUGCUCUUGAGUUGUACCAUGGCACCUGCCACCAAUCCCUGCGAGUGUCGUGCCUUCGUACAGGCUGUGAGGUACUGGAUGGCUUCCUGAGAGGAGGGAUCCUGACGCCUGGCAUCACGGAGAUUGCUGGCGAGAGUGCCGCUGGAAAGACCCAACUAUGCAUGCAGCUGUGUCUGAGCGUACAGAGAUCAACCGAAAAUGGAGGCCUAGCUGGAGGGGCUGUGUAUAUUUGUACCGAGGAUGUUUUCCCAAGUAAGAGAUUGCAUCAGCUCAUUCAGAACUUCCAGAAAAAAUUAGACGCCACAGAAUGUCGACAACUGAAACUUGGCGACAACAUCUUCAUUGAGCACCUUUCAGAAAUAGAUCAGCUUGUUCACUGUAUCCAGUACCGCAUCCCCCUCCUCCUGAAGCAGAGUCAAGUCAAACUGAUCGUCGUGGACUCCGUAGCUGCCCUCUUCCGCUGUGAGUUCAGCCCAGGGGAGGCUGCCAAGAGAGCCAAGCGCCUGCAGAGUCUGGGUGCCCAGCUGCACCGACUGAGCAGGCUCCAUCAUGUGCCAGUGAUCUGUGUCAAUCAGGUCACUGCUAACAUGAGUAGCGGCAGCCUCAACCCCAACCAGCGACAACUCAUCCCGGCUCUGGGCCUGGCCUGGUCCAACCUGAUCCAAACCCGUCUCAUGCUCGGCCGGACUGCUUACAAACUCUCUUCCGGUGAUGCAGUGUGCCCGCCUCGGCCAGAAGACGCAACGCAGACCCAGGCAGGGACGGAUGAAGUACCAGUCAGGUCCAUGGAGGUGGUCUUUGCUCCACACCUGCCAAACGACACCUGUUAUUUUGUGGUGGAGGCAGCUGGUGUCCGAGGCUUGAGGUGACAAGGCAUGCCGUCCAUGAACAGUAGAUGGCGCGUUGUAAUCACUUUGCGUACACGUACUUGUUUGCUACACUCGACUUACUUAAAGGUAGCAGACAACAUUUGCAAACAUAAAAAAAAAUACCAAAUUUUUAUAAACUACCUUACUUGACUGUAAGAG